GGUUUUGACCAGCUGCGCGUAGAAGGGUUACUGUGUGACGUGACCUUAGUGCCAGGAGAUGGAGACGAAGUGUUCCCUGUGCACAGGGCAAUGAUGGCGUCCGCUAGCGAUUACUUCAAGGCUAUGUUCACAGGCGGGAUGAAAGAGCAAGACUUAAUGUGCAUCAAGCUGCACGGCGUGAACAAAAUAGGUUUGAAGAAGAUCAUCGAUUUUAUUUAUACGGCGAAACUUUCCCUCAACAUGGACAACCUGCAGGACACCCUCGAAGCGGCCAGUUUUUUGCAGAUCUUGCCCGUGCUGGACUUCUGCAAAGUGUUUCUUAUAUCCGGGGUGUCCUUGGAGAACUGCGUUGAGGUGGGGCGAAUUGCCAACACGUACAACCUCACCGAAGUGGAUAAAUAUGUGAACAAUUUCAUCCUCAAGAACUUCCCAGCCCUGCUGAGUACGGGGGAGUUUGUGAAGCUCCCCUUCGAGCGCCUUGCCUUCGUCCUCUCCAGUAAUAGCCUUAAGCACUGCACCGAACUGGAACUCUUCAAGGCCGCCUGCCGGUGGCUGCGGUACGAGGAGCCGCGCAUGGAGUGCGCUGCGAAGCUGAUGAAGAACAUCCGUUUCCCUCUGAUGACGCCCCAGGAUCUCAUCAACUACGUCCAGACCGUGGAUUUCAUGCGGACCGAUAACACUUGCGUCAAUUUGCUCUUGGAAGCCAGUAACUAUCAAAUGAUGCCCUACAUGCAGCCGGUGAUGCAGUCGGAGAGGACGGCCAUCCGUUCGGACAGCACCCACCUGGUGACCUUGGGAGGGGUCCUCCGGCAGCAGCUGGUCGUGAGUAAGGAACUGCGGAUGUACGACGAGAAGGCGCACGAGUGGAGGUCCCUGGCCCCCAUGGACGCCCCCCGAUACCAGCAUGGCAUCGCGGUGAUCGGGAACUUCCUCUACGUGGUUGGCGGGCAGAGCAACUACGACACGAAAGGGAAGACCGCUGUGGACACAGUCUUCAGGUUCGACCCUCGCUACAAUAAGUGGAUGCAGGUGGCUUCCUUAAAUGAAAAACGGACCUUCUUCCACCUAAGUGCCCUCAAAGGUCAUCUGUAUGCCGUUGGUGGUCGCAAUGCAGCCGGAGAAUUAG